ACUACCGAACGGCCAUUUUACAAAUCCGAUCGUGAGGGUGAAGGUGAAACACUCUUCGACGGAAUUUAACGGCAAUUCUUGACCACAUCGCGUUUUUAAUAGUAUCUAUCGCUUUCGUAAAUUCUUCAAUAUUUUUCCAGUAAGCUACUUCGUGAUCAUGUCUCGUGAUCGGUCCCGUAACCGCGGAGGAUUCCAGCAACGAGGCCGCGGAGGAUUCGGGAUGCGCGGUGGGAUGGGAAACCCAUUCUUUAGGAAUCAAAACCAGCAGCCUUUCCAAAACCGUGGGGGCCAUAUGGGUGGUGGGAACAGACCAAACACGGGAUAUCAACCAAAUCAAGCCUCUACGCCGCAGAAGCCACAGGAACCCGCACAGAAUAAGCCUGCGAUUCAGUCACCACCGGCCCAAGUUCAAGGCACGGCCCAACAGAGUAACGUUAACAACAAAGGCCCGUCGACGCCGCAGGCUGCAAGCACCGCUAACGUUACACCGAAGGUCCAGUCUCCGCCGCCCCAAAAUAACGCCAACGUCAAGAACCCAGACAUCGGUUCUCCACAGAACCAACCAAAAGUUAACGUUAAUCAACCAAAACUUAACGUUAAUCAACCGAAACUUAACGUUAAUCAACCGAAACUUAACGUUAAUCAACCUAAAGCUGGAAUGGGGAAUGGCCAGAAACCACCUACUCCUUUAAAAGAGCCAGAGCAGACGAAACAAAAUCCAAAAAUUAACGAUGACGUCCCUCAAUCUCAGGAGCUAAAGGCAACACUGUCUCUACUGCGCAAGCCUGGGGAGAAAACCUAUACUCAACGUUGCCGAUUGUUUAUUGGUAACCUGCCCAACGACAUCACUGAAACAGAUUUCAGGAAAAUGUUUGCAAAGUUUGGGGAACCCAGUGAAAUCUACAUCAGUCAAAGCAAAGGUUUUGGCUUCAUCAGGCUGGAAUCCCGUGCCAUUGCUGAGAUUGCGAAAGCUGAACUGGAUGAUACUCCGAUGAAAGGCAGACCACUCAGAGUUCGUUUUGCCACUCACUCUGCUGCACUGUCUGUGCGCAAUUUGUCUCCCUUUGUCUCAAAUGAGCUCUUAGAAGAGGCCUUCUCUCAAUUUGGAGUUGUGGAAAGAGCCAUAGUUAUUGUAGAUGAUCGUGGACGUUCCACAGGCAAAGGAAUUGUGGAAUUCUCUUCCAAACCUGCAGCUCGGAAGGCCAUUGAUCGGUGUAAUGAUGGAGUGUUCCUUCUUACAACGUCACCUCGACCAGUGGUUGUUGAAUUGUUAGAGCAGUAUGAUGAUGAGGAUGGUUUGCCAGAGAAGCUUGCCCAGAAGAACCCCACUUAUCAAAAGGAACGGGAAAACCCUCCACGGUUUGCCCGCCCUGGCACCUUUGAGUUCGAAUACUCUCAGCGCUGGAAGUCUCUCGAUGAGAUGGAGAAACAACAAAGGCAGCAGGUGGAGAAAAACAUUCGUGAAGCGCGUGAGAAGCUGGAAGCAGAGAUGGAAGAUGCCUAUCACGAGCAUCAGGCGAACAUGCUCAGACAGGACCUUCUUAGACGUCAAGAAGAGCUCCGACGCAUGGAAGAGAUGCACAGUCAAGAGAUGCAGAAGCGUAAAGAGAUGCAGCUCAGACAAGAGGAGGAACGCCGCAGGAGAGAGGAAGAGAUGUUGCGACAGAGGGAGCUCGAGGAACAGAUGAGGCGUAAACGUGAGGAAUCUUACAGAAUGGGCGGUUAUAUGGACAACAGAGACAGGGAGAUGAGAAUGAAUUCCGGUGGAGGCAUGGGUUUGGCAGAUAUGCCAUUUGGAUCAGCUAGCCAGAAGUUCCAGUUGUCAGGAAUGAAUUUUGAAGCACAAGGAUUGGCGGGAACAUCACCAGGGGGCAUGGCGUCCAGCGAAAUGCGCAAUGAGCGUUUCCAACAAGGUGGCCCAAGGGGCAUGGGUGCUGGAAACCCAGGAUAUGGCAGGGUCCGUGAGGAAUUUGAUGGACCUGCCAAGAAGCCACGCUUCUGAUCUGGCACUUUAAAGCAGAUUUUGUGUGAUGUGGAAUUCCAGAGGCUCAGUUCUGCAGUUAAGAAUGAUGUAUUUAAGUUUCAAGAAUUUUCUUGCAAUUUUAUCCUGAAGACUCCUUUUUUCUUUCUACUUUUAUUUUGUAUUCUUAAUAGGUUUAACAAUAAAAUGGCUCAAGUUGGCACUAGCUUAGUGCUACCAAUAUGUAAUUUUUCUCUUACUACUACUCUACAUCUUGUCAUGUUACUUGUGUUUAUACUGGUGAAUAUUGUGAGUUGUUCAGCUAUCUUUAUGGCUGUGUUCUUUGCCAUUUACAUUUACAGUAAUGCAUGUAAGUUUUCAAUAAAGAGUACAGUUGUUAUUCCUAAACCCCACUCCGGUGUUGUUGGCACAAUUUUAAUUUGCAAACUCAGAUAUCUGAUCAAUUUAAAGGUUGCUGUUUCUGGUUUUUGCUAGUUUCAAAGACCUGAACAUCCUUUUAUUUUAAAUAAAACUUUAUUUUGGCAAGAAAUAUCUUGUCAUCCAUCUAAAAAAAUGUAACUGCUAAAUUUAAUUAGUUUAUAUAUGUAAUUCGUUUGGUAUACAGAGGUCUCGUACACACUGCAUAUUAGUUAGGUUGUCACUUCACCUUUUAAUGCUUAAUCCUGUUUUGUACAUGCACAGUUUACAGUAAUUUACAGGACUUGCAACCGAAUUAACUCCUGCAAAAUGCAGGUAGUGACAACCGCAUUUAGAAACUCUGCAUAGUGUGUACAUAACCAUUGGACAUAGAAUAGCUUUUAGAUUUUAACAUUUUAAUUUGCCAUACUUUUGUAAUGACAUUCCAACGUUAAGCAACCGGAAAAACUUCCCCUGCCUUUAAUCUACCCAUUUUUUUAUCAUGCCGCAUUCUUGUGGCAUUUCACUAUUUGGAAUUUUAAAUCUUAUAUUUCUAAUAUUUAUUUUAUAUACAUACCCUCCCAUACACUUUAUUAACAUUACCGUCUACUGAUUAAAAAAAAAAAAGGUUUACAUUUAAAACCUCUUGCACUUGGUGCAAGAAACGUUUUUCAGUUUUGGACAUCAUCUCAACCACAGCAUCUCGGGGUUGAUUGGUCACUUUCAAGCAUUGUUGUCCGUUCUUUUUUUUGCAAUAAAUAUUCCUGAAAUGCAAAUUUCUUUUAAAAACCCAUAAUAUAUUGGCUGCUAAGGUUUUUUGCUUUGCUGGGGAGGAAUUUUUAAGAACUUUUCCCCUACUUAGAUUACGUUUUUGAAUAACCGAAGAGAUCUGAGUAGCGCUGUAGCCAAUGAAAUUAGUUUUUGGUUUUCUGAAACUUGGUCUUUAAAGCGCCUUCUUAUGGAUUCAGUUGCAUACUUUAAUUGUGCUGCAGACAAACGUUAAUCAAAAAGUUCAGUUUGUCUAAAAUUUAAUUCAAGACACUUGAAUUUUUUUCUACAACAGUACAUCAAUAGACAGUACAUCAAUAGACUUUUGCACAUCCUUGCUUUUACAAAGUUGUCCAACUAAAUUGGAAUAAUUUUACAUCUUUUGAUAUUCCAAUGAAAUAUUUUUGCCUUGUGUACAUAAGCUUAUAUAAGCAUAAUGCUAUGACAAAAGGGUGAAACUUUAAGCUAUUCAAUGUUUCAAACCCUUGUACAGUUGUCAUAUUCACAAUUGUCAACAGUAACAUAUUUUGUAACAAUUUUAGUAGCAUUUGUUGUGCACUGUAUUGGACUAUGGCGAUUUUCUACAGUGUCCAACAUUGCAAUACUUUAAACUAAAAUGCAACUGAAAAAUUGUAUAUAUUAGAACAAAGAAUUCAAUGUUUAAAUUGCACAGAAAUGUGAUGUGGGAUAAUUUUUUUCUUAAGAAAUCAUUUUUGUCUCCAUAAAUUUAACAUGUUUACAUGCAAAUUUUAAACAAAAUUUUAUCAGAGCCAUGCAAGUUACUUUAUAUCCAAUGGCGGUCAAGUUAUUCAAUUUUUGGCAUGCACAGAAGAGACGAAAUUUAAUGUGCUGCCCAUCCACAUGACUAAUUCUAGUCUCAUUACUGUUAUGAACUUAAAUGUGGAAAGUCAUUAAUGUAAGUGUGAAGUCACAUUAUUCUGUAACUAAGUUCUUUUCUUGGUAUUAAAAUGUCGUAUUUGAGAACAAUGACA